AUGGGCAAGAAAGUGAUUCCCUCUCGGUCUGAUCUCGUUGACUACGGCCACACCGUUGCUGGACAUGCAGGAACCAUGCAGGAUGCCGACGGCGAACUCUUCAUCAAGCCUUGUACUCAGGCGGAGAUCGAUUUCUACAACUCUGCCAACGACAGCCACCCCGAAUUCGCCGAACUGAUGCCCUUGUACAUGGGCACUCUCCAGCUCAACGAUUCCGCUGAGCUCAGCUCUAUUGAAGAUGGUGUCGCCGGCCCCGUCGCAACAGAAGCCGCCAAGGCGGAACUGACGCAGGCGGUUACUGGACAGGCUUCCACAGAGCAGCAAGACAAGGAAAAGUGGGUGCAGAACAAGUCGAAGAAGAUCAAGACGGACCAGGCCGUGGUUCUCGAGAACUCGGGUGCCGGCUUCACGUCUCCCAACAUCCUCGACGUCAAGCUUGGCGUACGCCUUUGGGCCGACGAUGCGCCCGCUGAGAAGAAGAAGAGGUUCGACGACAUUACCUCCAAGACCACGCACGGUCCCCUGGGCUUCAGGAUCGCCGGUAUGAAGGUGUACCGUGGCUCGUCGAUGAAGUCCGAGCUGGAUCACGAAGACUACAAGAUCUACGACAAGGACUACGGCCGCGUCCACGUCAACACGGAGAACAUUGUCGAAAACUUCCGCAAGUUCAUUUUUAACAAGAACGCUGGCAUCGAUGACGAACUCGGCCAAGCCAUUGUACAGGCAUUCCUUCGUGACCUACGCAAUGUGGAACAAGUCCUCUCUUCUGAGGAGAGCAGGAUGUACUCGGCAAGCUUGCUGUUUGUGUUCGAAGGCGACGGUGACAAAUUGAGGGAAGCCAUUGCGCAGAACAACGCAGCUGUCGACCGCAUCGAGGCCGACGAGAACGAGAAGCCUGGUAGAACUACCCUUAGAGUGGACAGUGGUAUCGAGCUGAUCGACCAAGAUGCUGCAAACCUCGAUGCUGACGACAACGACGACGAAGAGGACGGCCCUGCUCUGCCCAGGGUCUACUCGCUGAAGCUCAUCGACUUCGCCCAUGCGCAGUGGACUCCUGGCCAGGGCCCUGACGAGAACACGCUCAAGGGCGUGCGAAGCCUGAUUGACAUUUUCGAGAAGCUGGCGCAAUAA